AAUAAAAGAUGAGUCUAUUAUGUUGGGUCAAAAUGAAAGAAAAAGAAAGAAAAAAGAAUCCAAAAUAGACCAAAAAUUUAUGUUAUAGAUAUCAAUAUAAGUAUAUUACUAUACAUCAAUAUAAAUAGGGGAUUUCUAACUAUGCAGGGCCUCAAGCUUCCAAAAUUGACUCAAUUCAUUCUAAAUGUUUCAUUGACUUUAAUUAUUCAAAACAACAGUCAACAUUAUGAUAUGUAAAAACAAGUCAAGAUAUGUAUGACCAUCAAAUUAUGGAAAUGUGGACUUUUUAAAAUAUAUUAAAUUAUUGAUUAUUUUCCAAAUAAUGUAAAAUUUGGAUUGGCUCCCCUUUUGUUUGAAUAGUUUCUGACUUUGUGAAAGACAGCUUGGGAUUAAUUUAAUCUACAUGUAAAGAUUUGCAAACAAUUAUAGAAAAAGACAAAAUGAAAUCUCUCAGUGGGUUUUUGUUUUUCUUGAUAAUAGCUUUUGCCAUUCUUCAAUCAGUCCAAGGUCAAAAUCAAUCAGGAUUUAUCAGCUUGGCUUGUGGAUUAAUCCCUAAGAGUGCAACCUAUACGGAGAAGACAACGAAUAUAUCAUACAUAUCAGACGCGAACUUUAUUGAAAGUGGAAUCAUCGGGAGGAUCGAUGAUUCAUACAAGACACUGUUUCAACAACAGACUUGGACCUUAAGAAGCUUCCCUGAAGGUCAGAGAAACUGUUACACUUUCAACCUUAAAGAGAACAGUAAAUAUCUGAUCAGAGGAACUUUUGUGUACGGAAAUUAUGACGGUCUUAAUCAGAUUCCUGAGUUUGAUCUUCACGUUGGUCCUAAUAAAUGGACUUCUGUUACACUUAAAGGAGUAGCAAAUGCUUCGAUCUACGAGAUCAUCCAUGUUGUAGCACAUGACCGGCUUCAAGUUUGUCUAAUCAAAACCGGAAACACGACACCGUUUAUAUCGUCCUUGGAACUUCGUCCGUUGAGCAACAAUACCUACCAGUGUUUCAAAAAAGAAAAAAAGAACAACAAUACGUACCUAACUCAAAGUGGAUCCCUGAUGUCGUUCGCUAGAAUUUACUUUCCGCAGACUCCAUCUUUCCUCAGGUAUUAUGAAGACGUCCAUGACAGAGUUUGGGUUCCAUAUAUAACUAACGAAACCGUGUCGUUAAUUACUAAUCUUACAAUCGAUACAAGUAUUGGUUCUUACAAUGUGCCUCAACAUGUGGCAAACUCCGCAAUUUUUCCUGCAAAUGCUUCUCAUCCUCUCAACAUAUGGUGGGAUAUUGGCGACACCAAUGCACACUCAUAUAUAUACAUGCAUUUCGCAGAAAUUCAGAAUCUUGGCUCUAAUGAGAUCAGAGAAUUCAACAUUAGUUACAACGGUGGUGAAGUUUGGGAAAGUUUCUUUAGACCUCACAAACUCAAGAUCACAACUAUCUUUAGUCCAACAGCUUUGAGUUCUCCAGAUGGGAAAUUCAAUUUCACUUUUACAAUGACUGAAAGGUCUACUCUUCCUCCACUUAUCAAUGCCCUUGAGGUCUAUACAGAUGUGGAAAAUUUGCUGCUCGAGACACACCAAGAUGAAGUUUCUGCGAUGAUGAACAUCAAGAAAACAUAUGGAUUAAUGAAUAAAAAUAUAAGCUGGCAAGGGGAUCCAUGUUCUCCUAAAAUUUAUCGAUGGAAAGGCGUGAAGUGCCUUUAUCUGAACUCUGAUCAACCUCGCAUCGUAUCCUUGUAUGUCUUUUAUUUCGUUCGUUUAUAUUUCAUAAGCUUUUUUUUUGUUUCGGAGUUUCUCACAGAUUCUAACUCUUUAAACAUUAGGAAGUUGGCAGCGAGUGAUUUGAACGGUGCCAUAACACCUGACAUAGCUGGCCUAACACAACUGAGAGAACUAGAUUUAUCAAAGAAUGAUUUAUCGGGAGAGCUUCCAGAUUUUCUUGCUGAUAUGAAGUUGUUGACGUUCAUAAACAUAAAGGGAAACCCUAAGCUGAAUCUCACAAUUCCAGAUUCUCUUCAACAAAAGAUAGAUGACAAAGUUUUAAUACUACUUAUAGAUGAAAAACUGGGUAGAAAGUUUCCUUUGGUUGCUGUGACGGUAUCGGUGGUGGCUGGUGUGAUCACUUUACUAGCUAUCUUUACCAUAUGUUUCAUUGUCGCAAGGAAAAAACGUAGUGAAGUCCCUAGUAAUAUUAAUAGUGAGACGAGAUCAACCAAUCAAUCAAUCAGAACAAAGGAACGAAUAUUCACGUAUUCUGAGAUACUAAAGAUGACGAAUAACUUUGAGAGAGUUCUUGGUAAAGGAGGCUAUGGAAGAGUGUAUUAUGGAAACUUAAAUGGUACUCAAGUAGCCGUGAAAAUGCUCUUUCAUACAACAGCUGCUCACGACUAUAAUCAUUUCAAAGCAGAGGUUGAAUUUCUUUCAAGAGUUCACCAUAGAAAUUUGGUGGGACUUGUGGGUUACUGUGAUGAUGGUGACAACUUGGCUUUGAUUUAUCAGUACAUGGCCAAUGGAAAUUUAAAGGAGAAUAUGUCAGGAAAAAGCGGUGGACAUGUUCUAACUUGGGAGAACAGACUGCUAAUAGCGAUGGAAGCUGCACAGGGAUUGGAGUAUCUACACAAUGGAAGUGUACCUCCCAUGGUCCAUAGAGAUGUGAAAUCUACUAACAUAUUGUUGAAUGAGCUGUUUGAAGCGAAGCUAGCUGAUUUUGGGCUUUCUAGAUCUUGCCCGGUGGAUGGUGAAACUUCUGAAUCAACAGUAGUAGUUGCAGGAACACCUGGUUACUUAGAUCCUGAGUAAGUAACAAAAAAAAAAUUAUUGAGCAAUUCUCUCGAAUAGCUCUUUUUAAGUUUUUGUCACAAAAUAGUCUUCAAGAAAGAAAAUGAUCAA